AUGUUAGAUGAUAUUUUUAUACCGCAACUGGGAUUCGCUCUCCUUGGUAGGGAGUUGGUGACUCGCUGCGUGGACAGGGUGGAGGCGUGGACACCUCGACAGUGCGAGGCGGACAUUCUCGUCAAGUUCUGCACUAGUUUAGCGGAGAACAGCCGUUAUUUCAUUCUGCAUGCAGAUGUGACCUCUCUCUUGAACCCCCAUCCAGAUUCCCUGCAACCAGAAAAAAGGAUCUAUCGACACGAUUCGGAUCUGCGUCUGUAUCUCUUCAACGACGCGCUGGUGAUCGCAUGCCGGCAGACUCGCUACAAAGCCUACUCACCGGUGGUGCAAACCUCCUACAGAUUCCAGACCUGCGUCGACCUGUCUUCACUAAGCAUUGAAGAUGUUGACGAUGAAUAUGGUAGGAAGAAUAUAUUUAAGCUCGCCGGACCGCUUGCCACGUGGAUAUGCGCGACAGAACGUUACGAAAGCAAGAUGACAUUUCUCUCAGCCGUGAGGGUCGCACUAUCAGCUGCUCUCCUGCCUUAAAUUCUUAUAUCUGUGUGGACUCAUUUAUUCGGAAUGCCAUUCUGAAGCCAUGUCAUCCGCUAUUCCUAACAGUUUUCAUGUUACAGGAAGAGGUGUUAGCUUUUUGAUCGAGGCUGUA